AUGCUAACAUUGAAAACUUGGUUUGUUUUCUUCUUUACGUUGAUCAAAGCCAUGGAGUCCCCUAGGAACCAUGGAGCCUCUGAGGAGGAGGAAUACAGCAGUUGUGAGUCAGGGUGGACUAUGUACAUAGGAGACGCCUUCCAAGGAAAUGGCCAUUCUACUGUUGUUGUUGAUGAUGAUGGUGAUGAUGAUGAUGAGUACUCACAUGUAAAAGAUGUCGAUGAUGGUUACGAGAAUAAUGAUGGUGGUAAAGAGAGUGAUGACUCGAUGGCCUCUGAUGCAUCUUCAGGGCCUAGCAAUCAGAUUUCAAACAACAUCAACAAACAUGCAGCUAGGAAGAAUGGUUCUAAACAAGUCUGCAUUCAAAAACGCCAACCUACAGAGAAAACAUUAAGCAAUGAAGGAGAAAAAUCUGAGGUCAAAGCUAGAACAAGAACAAGUGCAGCUAGCCGUGCCCAGAGUAGAGGCAAGGUGAGCAAAACCAAAUGAUGAUACUCACGAGAAGAACAUAUGGUGGUUCUCAUAGAAUCCAAAUCCUGUAAUGAAGAGAGAGAUGUUUAAGGUCCCUUACCAGUCCUGUUGUUUGCCUUUAAUAAGCCAUGUGUGUAGGUAGUUGCUUUGUUUUCAUUUGCCGGAAUAUGUUUUUUUUGUAGAUGCUGUCCCAAAUAAGUUAUCUGCACGGUUCUCCGUUCAACCCUGUUAAUGUUAUACCAUAUGUACCAUGUUCUUCACAUACAUAUCUUCAUCUUCAA